AUGGCUAUCCUAGACGAGAAGCGGCGACCUGCCGCCCUAAAUCUUACUCCUGCCCGCUCUGGCUCUUCCAGCUCUUCCUCCUCCGACUCUUCACUAAAGCCUCCACGGACGCCACGAUUCGCCGAAGCCACGUCCGUCCACUCUCCCAUCGAUGGCGAUGGUCGCUCUCCCUUCGCCGACCCCGUCGAUGCCUCGACAAAGCCUCAAGUAGCAGACGUCGGCUUUGGCUACAUCACAACUCAGGAGGUAAACGCGCCGCCGCUGUCUCCUCGCUCUCCUCUUAAGAGCGCCAUGAGGGUGCCCGGCACGCCAGGGAGGAGGCUCGACAACCCUCUAAGCCCCACGUUUCGCGAAGAGGAUAUGCUAGAGAAGAGGGAAGCCAGGACUGACAAGGAACAGCAAAGAGACUUGAAAAUCAAGGCGAGAGUGCGCAUGGCCAAGUUCGCGCUGAGGGGUGUCAACUUCAGCUGCAGUCUGAUCAUUCUGUCUAUGCUCUCCGCUUCCUUCUCCAUCUUCAAUGCCACCAAGACGCUGCCUUCGCAGAGUGGAAUGCCGUCGUGGGCCAAGAACACGAACACCUGGCCCCAGAAGCUUGUGUUGGCCAUGGCUUGUGUUUCUCUGAUUGCCUGUAUCAUCGUCUUCCUCGCGUACUGCCGCGGUGGACAUAGGCGAGCGGAAAAGGUCUCCACCUACUACACGAUGUUUGCUAUCGGCUGGUUCAUUAUCUCCAUGAUUCUCUGGGCCGUCACUGCUGCGCUCUACCAACACUCUCGGACGAGCAACAACAACAAGGAUAUGUGGGGAUGGUCCUGCGUCGAUAACAAGCGCGCCGACGUGUACCAAGACAAGGUUGACUAUGCUCUGGUUUGCAGACUUCAGAACUGGACCCUCAUUUGCAUCAUUAUCGAAGUUGUCAUCGAAGUCAUCUGCAUCACGCUUUACAGCAUCGUCUUCUACCGAUACUACACCAAGCGCCGACUCCACAAGUCGAUGAACCUCCGCGACAAGGCCCGAUCCGACCUGUACCUCGCUCAACUUCGAACUCAGUCGGCUCCCAACACUCCCGGAUUUGGCCCCAAGUCCCCGGCAUUCAGCCAAUACGCUCUUUCUCCCCGCUUCCCCCCCUCGGCCUACCGCAACUUGUCCGAUAUUGAAGAGUCGCCCUUCACUCCUGGCAACCAAUUCGCUGAACCCAAGUCUGCCUUCGCUGAGAAGCAACAGUCCACGUUCAAGUUGCAGGCGCCCCCAACGAAGGCACCGUCCGCCACCCCCAAGCUGCAAGGCGGAGCCUUCAGCUCGAGUCCAAUCCAGACCCGAGCCCCCACACCGCCCGAACUCACUCACCAACAGCAUGCUCCUGUGGCAGCGGAAGAGCCCGUAUACGAGGCCGUCCCCAUCCCCGGCGCAUACGCCGACGCGGCGGUCAAGAGCCCACCACCUAACCAGACGACAUUUGGCCAGGCGAGAUGA